UCACUUCAAACGUAAAGUAGGGAAGUUUUGAUAAUAGAAAACAUUACAGUGCCUUGUUUUUAACUUUGUUUUGUUAUGACAAGAAAAAUAAAUAUUUUUAAACAUUGUGGUCAGCGGCUACCAUUAAUAGAACACAAACAUAUGUCAGAAUGAAUAGUCCACAGAGCGGCCAUGUUUAGCAAGUGUUUUUACCACGGAUAUCGGUCAACCAACGCCAUGGGGAAAAAAUGGAUAGACAUUGCUGUUAUUUGCCUAACGUUAACGUUUAGAAACUAGAGUGCCUAUUCUUUAGGAAAAUUCCGCAAAUGAAUCAGUAUAAUAACACAAAUUAUAUAACUGAUUGACAGAGAAAUUUCCGUUUUAUUGUCCUGUGGCUUUGUGGAAAAACCUUUCUCUAUAAUACAGGUAGCUUAAAAUUAAAAAUUUAAUGCAAUUAAAAAAGAAAUUCAAGUUUUUAACUUGAUCGGGACAAAAACUUUCCCGGCGAUAAUUCGGCACGAUGAAUUUACUCUAAGAACAAGACAAUUAAGAUUGCACAGAAAGGUAUCGAUUUUAUUAACUCAAUUUCCAAACUUUCCCAUUCGAUCAUUGAAAUUAAAAGUUCUUUAACACAGACAUUGUAUUUCUUUCUCUUACUUUGGGAACAGUAAUUAAUUCGCGUGCAAUAUAGAUCAUGUCCAACUACGUCGCCUGGCCUAUUUGUUUCCUAACAACACCGCUAUAAAAGGUGCUGGGAUCAACCUCGACACCUGCCUUACGUAAUAAGAACUAGGCACGAGAUUGUAUUUAAUGGGCGAAUGUUACAUGACGGAGUAUAGCGAGGGCAUUAUAUCCUUUGAUUAUAGGUUCUUAGUUUGCCUCAGUGCUGCAUUUCUUUAUUCUUGUUGCGGUGCAAAGGCCACUGAUACUUGAGACACCCUUCAUAACGAAUCUACAUUAUAUAUUUAGAUAAAUACUCUCUCGAAACGGGUAAGUUCUUAUUUUACUUAACACAUUUGCUCACUCAUUUCCCGCCGUUUUUCCAAACAAAUUUUGAUAUUUAUUGAUAUUUCUAAAUUAGGUAGAAGAGUUAUCGUUAUUUUCCAGAAAAUUAAAAGUACUUUCAGGUAAAAAAAGACAUCAUUAAUGUAGAUAAUGCAGGGGUGAAAAUAAAUAUCUAAUUUAUUUAAAAACCAUUUUUCUUUAGAUGUGCAACAGAAAGAUGUAAGUGCAAGUUUGACAUUUGAUUCUAUCGUCUGCAUCCUCACCUUGAAUUUAACACAAUAUUUUACAAAUUUAGAUUCAAGCACUGAUAACUAAAUUUGAUGUACAAGAAAGAACAAUGGCAAUGAUUAGUAAUCAGACGUUGAAUAUUACAAGUGACCUCACAAUGCAACAAAAUAUGACAACAUUGUUAAGAGGACAGAUAAUUUCUAUGAUGACUAACGUAUCAAGUACAAUCCACAGACAAAAGAAAAUUGAAGAGGUGGUACAAAAACAAAGGGUUUACGCAUAUAGUUUAGCGCGGAACAUAACGAAAAUGUCGAAUGAUAUUACUAACCAAACAGAUACUUUGAAGAACGGCACCAUGGUUUUAUAUAAUAUGGUAAAUUUAACAUUGGACAGGAUUUUGCAAGAAGAAAAUGCCACGAUUUUUCUUCAAAACAAGGCAAAUGAACUUUUGAGACGAGUAUUAUCACAAGAAAAUGAAACAGAUGAAUUGUUUAAUCAGACAUCCAAAAUGCAAGAAUAUUUUGUCGAGCUAGUGGAGAAACAGAAUAAGUCGUUAGUUAGAGCGGUUCGGAAUAUUACAAACAAAAUUAAUUUACUAGAGUUAACGACUUUAACAUUGGAAAAGAAGGAAAAGGAAAUGACAAUGGAUUUUGCAAAGCACAAGACUAUCACUAGGAUGUUGACAAACGAAACAAAUUUCUUGCGGAAGAAAAUAAAAGGACAGGAGAAUGUCACUGACCAAUUGACCAAUGAGACUGCACAUAUAUCUUCGAUAUUGGCCCAUCAAGAUAAUGCUACUGGACAGUUGAAUAAUAAGACAAAAGCGUUACGACAAAGAAUUAGCCAGCAGGAAAGCAUUGCUAACAGGCUGAUCAGUAAGACUGUACGCUUGCAACAAAGCCUUGAAAGACAAAACAACAACACCGAUAUACUUAGGAGUAUUCUAAAUGUAAAAGCACGAAAUUUAACAAUUUCCAUAGAUCAAUUAGAAGAAAGUGCGGAAAAUAUCAAAGUGCAGGCAAACUUUUUGAAGGAAAAAGUCAGUAAACAAGAAAAUAUCACUGAGCAACUGAGCAAUAUGACUAAACAUAUUUCAUCAAGAUUGAUCCAUCAAGAAAAUGUGACUGCUCAGUUAAGUAAUGAGACUGCUGGCUGGCAACAAAGCAUUAAAAAACAAAACAACGAAACCAAUAUACUUAGGAGUAUUCUAGAUGUAAAAACACAAAAUUUAUCCUUUGCAAUUGAUAAAUUGAAAGAAAGUGCGGCAAAUUAUAAUGAGCAGACAAACUUCUUGAGGGAAAAAGUUAAUUAUCAGGAGAAUAUCACUGAACAACUGACCAAUGAGAAUGAAAAUAUUUCAUCAAGAUUGAUCAAUCAAGAAAAUGUGACUGCUCAGUUAAGCCAUCAGACACAAACGUUACGGAACAGAAUUAGCAAGCAGGAAAGCAUUGCUAUAACACUAAUUAAUAAGACUGCUGGCUUGCAACAAAGCAUUGGAAUACAAAACAACAAAACCGAUACACUCAGAAAUAUUCUAGUUAUAAAAGCACAAAAUUUAACAUUUGCAAUACAUCAAUUGGAAGAGAAUGUGGCAAAUACCAAAGUACAGGCAAGGUUUCUGAGGGAAAGAGUAAAUAAACAGGAAAAUAUCACUGCAAAACUAACCAAUGAGACUGAACAUAUUUCAUUAAGAUUGACCCAUGGAGAAAACGUGACUGCUAACAUAAACAAUAAGACAAUAACAUUAGGACAAAGAAUUUACCAGCAGGAAAGCAUUGUUAUAAGACUGAUCAAUAAGGCUCAAAAUUUGACAUUUACAAUUAAUCAAUUGGAAGACAGUGCAGCAAAUACCAAAGUGCAGACAAUAUUAUUGACAAAGAAAGUAAAUAAACAGGAGAAUAUCACCGAACAAUUGACCAAUGAGACAAAUGACUUUACUUCUCGUGUUACGACUUUGGAGAAUGUUACAUCUUAUAUAAACACUCAGUCAAGCAAUAUUAACAGAAGAAUACAGUCACAAGAACAAACCACUUUAUCGCUAAACAACCAGGUCAGCACUUUACAGACUAGUUUAUCAACACAAGGAACAGUAACAAGUAGAUUGAAUGGACAGGUAAACACAAUUUCCACCAGACUAACUCAGCAGAACAACCAAAUCCAGAGCUUAGAUAACAAGUUCCAAUUAUCACAAUAUGCUAUAAAAGAUGCUGAUGUUUUCAGAGCCUUUCAACGAUGCUCCUGGCAAAUCGGUGAGGGCACGGCAAAUGGUAGUUUCGGUAACGACGUUACUGCUGGAAGCCCCGUAACCAUGAAUGAAUGCAUAAAGCUUUGUAUUAAGAAGAGUUCCAGUUACAACGGAGCAAUUUAUAAUUUUGGAAGUAAGAGAUGCUCCUGUUUAAGCAGUAUGAAUGGAAGAGAUUCAGAUACCAGUUAUAUUACCUGUUACAUUAGAUGAGGAAACGUUAUUUUAUUGGUUUCGCAUUGCGUGUAUUAUUACUGUUUAUUAAAUUCAAGACAAGAUAUUGGUUAAUAAAGUUAGUCCCAAUGAUAAA